AUGCGAUUCGUACAGUUUGAUUUCAACGGCCGAAAUGGGCUAGGAGUGGAACUUUCCGAGGGUGGGGACAUUGUGGAUCUAUCUAGCAAUGAUUCCUCAAUACCUUCCAAUAUGAGGGACUUUAUUGGAGGAGGUCAAACACUUAUUCAGAAAGCCGCUAAGGCUGUAGAGCGUGGUGAAAACGUCUUACAAAGGAGUCAGGUGAAGCUGUUUGCCCCUAUCCUGAACCCCGAUAAACUGCUGGGCAUUGGAAUGAACUACGUCGACCACUGCGCGGAGUUGAAUGUGCCAGUGCCAACUGUACCUGUUGUGUUCUGCAAAUUCAACAGUUCUAUCGCAGGCCCUUCUGAUGAUGUUCCUUAUCCUGAUGAGACAAAGGAACUUGAUUGGGAAGUGGAACUGGCUAUUGUGAUUGGAAAAGAAGGGAAGAACAUUUCGAAAGAGGAAGCAAUGCAGUAUGUAUUUGGGUAUACUAUCGCUGAUGACGUCAGUGCCAGAGACUGGCAAAUAAAGUACAAAAACGGCCUGAUUGGGAAAAGCAUGGAUGGCUUCUGCCCUCUAGGACCUGCCAUUGUCAUGAAAGAAGAUUUGGAAGAUCCACACAAUUUAAAAGUGUGGACCCGAGUCAACGGUGUUACAAAGCAGGACAGUAAUACAAAGCAGCUAGUAUUUAAGACAGAAGAGCUAAUCGCUUUUCUUUCCAGAUUUUUCACUCUGAAACCAGGGGACACAAUCCUAACUGGCACCCCUCCUGGUGUUGGCUUUUCCCGCAAGCCUCCAGAGUUCCUCAAGAGAGGAGAUGUUGUGGAAGUUGGCAUUGAAAAUAUUGGGACUCUGACAAACAAAAUUGUUUGAAAGCAAAACUGACUGAAUGUUUGGACAUUACACUGCAAUCAAGCUGAAAGAAGUUCUCCAUUUCUCCAGCCUUUUUUUGAGAAUUCUUAUUUCAUUGAAUGUUUCGAAGGAAUAGCCCACUAGAGAGGGCUUAUUGAUAUGCAUUGUAUUGUAUUUGUUAUUCAUACCUUUUCUAAUUAUUUCAAAAAUACUGUCUACUGAUACCUUAACUUGGCUUUUACCAAAUUGUAUGUGAAGUCCAUUAUUCCCCAUGCCAGAGGACUUAAGAUUCACAUUCCUUUAACUCAUUAAGCUCUAUAAAAUGCAUUUAUUGGAGACACGCGUUUACAUGCCAGACACUUGGGUUUAUUGCUUGUAAUUUUCUUUUACCGUAUCAUUUAAUGCCGGUUCCUGCUUUGGAUUUAGAUUUUCAUAUUUUACAGUCACGGAACAAAUUUUGAUAAACUG